AUGCGGGCGACCUUGGAGAGGACUGCAAAGCAGCUGAACGGGGAGACUACUAUCGAUAAGGGAGUGGUUUCACAUAUUCUGGUGAACUUUGUGCAUGCUUUUAUAGGACGAAGACGGGAGGCUGAUGAGAUGCUGAAGUUGCUGAGCAGCUUGCUGGGCUGGAAUGAGGAGAUGCAGGAGCGGAUCGGAUUGUUACCAGGGCCGAUGAACCCGCGGCAGAUGGGGGAUCGAAAAGGUAUUUUAUCACGAAUCUGGAGGAAAGAUGCUGCCUACAACCGCGCUAAUAAUACUAAUCAUGAAGAUGGUGAAUGCGGAGAGGGUGGAUCGGCUAACGAACACCGCCAAGAUCGGACCAGUUUAGCGGAGCUCUGGGUCCAAUUUCUUUUAAAAGAAAGCGAGUUUGAUUCGUCGAAAAGAGUUUCUGCGCAAAUAGAGAAAAAGGAAUUUGAAAAAGUGAAUCAUGAUAGUAAGAAUCUGGGUAGCAAGGGUGUUUCUACAAGCAAUGUGGAGAGGUCUGCUGAGCUCCCAGUGUAG